CCCCAAUUCCUAAAAAAAACACCGGCAGAUCGCAACAACUUCUUCCAUGAAGCCAAACACUUUCCAAGCAAAACAAAGUUAGGCCUGUCUUCCCUGAAAGUGCCGAGUGGGGGCUCACGGUGUACGUACGACGUGCGUUCUCGCCACCGCGUUGACGCGUUUCUUCGCGGAAAAAAACACACCAAUGCGCACGCUGGGUAUAUAGAAAGGGUUGGGUUGGUGGUGUGGAGGGAAGAGAGGGGGUUGGGCUGUGUGAGUUUUGAGGUGCAAGGAGGAUCAGAUGGAGAGCUACCUGAAUGAGAAUUUCGGAGGGGUGAAGGCGAAGCACUCGUCGGACGAGGCGCUGGGGCGAUGGCGCAAGGUGGUCGGCGUCGUCAAGAACCCCAAGCGGCGGUUCCGCUUCACCGCCAACCUCGGCAAGCGAUCCGAGGCCGCCGCCAUGAAGCGCUCCAACCAGGAGAACCUGCGAGUUGCUGUGCUUGUGUCGAAGGCUGCACUCCAGUUCGUCCAAGGCCUUGCUCCCCCGAGCGAGUACACGGUCCCUGGCGAGGUCAAGGCGGCGGGCUACGGCAUCUGCGCCGAGGAGCUGAGCUCGAUCGUGGAGAGCCACGACAUCAAGAAGCUCAAGUCCCAUGGCGGCGUGGAGGCCGUCGCGUCGAAGCUGUGCACAUCGCCGGAGGACGGCCUCCCCAAGUCGAGGCGCCGGCAGGCCGUCCGGCAGGAGCUGUUCGGCAUCAACAGGUUCGCCGAGACGGAGUCCCGCAGCUUCUGGGUGUUCGUCUGGGAGGCGCUCCAGGACAUGACGCUGAUGAUCCUCGCGGCGUGCGCCUUCUUCUCGCUCGUCGUCGGCAUCGCCACCGAGGGGUGGCCCAAGGGCGCGCACGACGGGCUCGGGAUUGUGGCUAGUAUCCUGCUCGUCGUCUUCGUCACGGCGACCAGCGAUUACCGGCAAUCGCUGCAGUUCAAGGACCUCGACAAGGAGAAGAAGAAGAUCACGGUGCAGGUCACCCGGAACGGGUACAGGCAGAAGCUGUCGAUAUAUGACCUCCUCGCCGGCGACAUCGUGCACCUCUCCAUUGGCGACCAGGUGCCGGCCGAUGGCUUGUUCCUGUCUGGUUUCUCGCUGCUGAUCAACGAGUCGAGCCUGACCGGGGAGAGCGAGCCCGUCGCCGUCAAUGCCGAGAACCCAUUCCUCUUGUCGGGGACCAAGGUGCAGGACGGGUCUUGCAAGAUGCUCGUCACGACGGUCGGCAUGAGGACGCAGUGGGGUAAGCUGAUGGCCACCCUGAGCGAAGGCGGCGACGACGAGACGCCGUUGCAGGUCAAGCUCAACGGCGUCGCCACCAUCAUCGGCAAGAUCGGUCUCAUCUUCGCGGUCGUCACGUUCGCCGUGCUCACCGAGAGCCUCUUCCGGCGCAAGAUCAUGGACGGCUCCUACCUGAGCUGGACAGGAGACGACGCGCUGGAGCUGCUCGAGUUCUUCGCCAUCGCUGUCACCAUCGUCGUCGUGGCCGUCCCGGAGGGCCUGCCGCUCGCGGUGACACUCAGCCUCGCGUUCGCCAUGAAGAAGAUGAUGAACGACAAGGCGCUCGUCCGGCACCUCGCGGCUUGCGAGACCAUGGGGUCGGCGACCACCAUCUGCAGCGACAAGACCGGCACGCUCACGACGAACCACAUGACCGUCGUCAAGGCCUGCAUCUGCGGCAAGAUCAAGGAAGUGGACAGCGCCUCGGACACCAAGAGCUUGUUCUCCGAGCUGCCGGAUUCCGUCAUGACGCUGCUCUCGCAGUCCAUCUUCAACAACACGGGCGGCGACGUCGUCUUCAACAAGGACGGGAGGCGCGAGAUACUGGGCACACCAACCGAAACUGCCAUUCUCGAGUUCGGCCUGUCGCUCGGCGGCGACUUCCUGGCGGUGAGGAAGGCGAGCACCCUCGUCAAGGUCGAGCCGUUCAACUCGGCGAAGAAGAGGAUGGGAGUGGUCAUCCAGCUCCCCGGGGGAGCAAUGCGUGCGCACAGCAAGGGCGCCUCAGAAAUCAUCUUGGCUUCUUGCAGCAAGUUCCUGAACGAUCAAGGCAACGUCGUCCCCCUCGACGAUGCAACUGUUGCUCACCUGAACGCCACGAUCACCAGCUUUGCAAACGAGGCACUCCGUACCUUGUGCCUCGCCUACGUCGAAGUCGGUGACGGGUUCUCGGCAAAUGAUCAGAUUCCUGAAGAUGGCUACACCUGCAUUGGCAUCGUGGGGAUCAAAGAUCCAGUUCGUCCUGGUGUGAAGGAAUCAGUGGCCAUCUGCAGGUCGGCAGGGAUCAUGGUGAGGAUGGUCACAGGUGACAACAUCAAUACAGCGAAGGCAAUCGCGCGGGAAUGCGGCAUUUUGACCGAAGGUGGCAUCGCCAUUGAAGGACCGGAUUUCAGGACCAAGAGUGCAGAGGAACUGAACGAGUUGAUCCCAAAAAUACAAGUAAUGGCUAGAUCUUCCCCACUUGACAAGCACACUUUGGUGAAGCAUCUCCGGACAACUUUUGAUGAAGUUGUUGCGGUGACUGGUGAUGGCACAAAUGAUGCGCCUGCUCUUCACGAAGCUGAUAUUGGACUUGCAAUGGGCAUUGCUGGAACUGAGGUGGCAAAGGAAAGUGCUGAUGUGAUUAUUCUUGACGACAACUUCUCCACUAUAGUCACUGUUGCUAAAUGGGGUCGGUCAGUGUACAUUAACAUUCAGAAGUUUGUACAGUUUCAGCUGACAGUCAAUGUAGUUGCUCUGGUUGUGAACUUCUCCUCAGCUUGCUUGACAGGGAGUGCUCCUCUUACUGCUGUCCAACUUCUCUGGGUCAACAUGAUCAUGGACACACUAGGAGCAUUGGCACUGGCUACAGAACCUCCGAACGAUGAACUGAUGAAGAGAACUCCAGUUGGAAGGAAAGGAAACUUCAUCAGCAACAUUAUGUGGAGAAACAUCCUGGGACAGGCCUUCUACCAAUUCAUUGUAAUAUGGUAUCUGCAGACCGAAGGGAAGUGGUUAUUUGGACUCGAGGGGGAAAAUUCCGAUCUAGUCUUGAACACUCUCAUCUUCAAUUGCUUUGUAUUCUGCCAGGUGUUCAAUGAGGUGAGCUCAAGGGAGAUGGAGAGGAUAAAUGUAUUCGAGGGUAUUCUAAACAACAACGUGUUCAUCGCCGUCCUCGGCAGCACUGUCAUCUUCCAGUUCAUCAUAGUACAGUUUCUGGGUGAUUUCGCCAACACAACUCCUCUCACAUUUAAGCAGUGGUUCAACUGCAUCUUCAUCGGUUUCAUAGGGAUGCCUAUUGCUGCUGCGGUCAAGCUGAUCCCAGUUGAGUUCUAAGUAGGAAAGCAGAACUAAUUCCAGAAACGAAACGAAGAUCAGUAGGGAUUAUAGUUUGACGGUGCCAAUGCAGUUUUUUGGCAUUGCCAUGAGCAUAACAAAAUUCUCUUUCUGCACUUGUUUAGAUGAUCCUCUGCCCCCCUAUUUUUUUUGCAUUUGAUCUAGAGUAUGAGCCAAGAUUGAAUUGUGUCUAAUGGACCUAUGUACAUUUUUCCUUCGUGUCAUUUUGUUCUUUCCUUGAAAUGUUGGGACUUGUAACUGUAUAUGGCUCACCUGAUAAGUUUGCACCAACCUAAAGUGCUAGUACACGGCUGUUUGAUGCUACAACCCUUGACAGGGUCUUAGAUUUGACCCGUGUAAGUUUCUUCCCCUUGUUGCCAUCCUACUGUUUUUUGUGGCCACUCUGGAAGGAUAGCGAAGUUACUUCCAGUGUUUUAAGACUGCAA